AUGGAGGACCCUGCGCCCCAGGUGCCUGCCACCUCCAGGCCUGCCCAUGUGCUCCUGGCUGCAGCCUGUGCCUCCAUCCCCUGCAGCCACCUGGGGAGGCCUCCCGAACAGGGCAGCAGCCUUCGUCAGUUCUCCUGUCAAGACUCUUCUGAUGAGGUGUGCAAAGCAGCGACCACUGGAGCACACCUGCCCAGAGAAGCCCCUAGGACCGGUGGAGCGGCUCUGCCCAGCGGAGCCCCUCUGCCCGGUGAAGCUCACCUGGCCAGCGGAGACUCUCUACCGGGCAGAUCCCACCUGCCCAGCGGAGCCCCUCUGCCCGGCAGGGAGCACGUGGAAGAUCCUGCUCCCUCCAUAUCCCCAUCAGCUUCCCUGGCUCCUCUGACACCGUGUCCUCUACCUCUGGCCUCUUCCCUGUCAGCAGAACAUCAAGACCAAUCUAACUUGAAGGACUCCCCACUGCGUACCAUUGUACAGAGCUCACCUCCCAGCAAUGCCCUUGUGCCACUUCCCAACCGCGCCAUCGUAAGUGUUGGCCACUCAAGCCGUGCCAUUUCAGCCCUGACCUGGUGGCAGGAGGCUGCCCGAGCCUUGUACCUCUCAACCUCAUCACAGUGCAAGUCCCAGCAAGAGCACCUGUCCCACCACCCACCCGAGGCCUCCCUCCGGGGAGACCCCACAGACAGGCAGGCGGAGCCUGGGAGCCUCUCAGUUGUCAAUCCUGGCGUCCAGAGGCUGCUGGAGAUUCUGCUCACUAAGAGGGCAGAACCGAAGACGUGGCAGGAGAAAGGAAAGGAGGGGUCACUUCCCAAACCAAUGGGCCCGGAAUGCCACCUGCGCUCUUUGGGGAGUAUGUGGAAAUCCCUGGGUGCUGAGCAGGACACCACAGCCCCCCAGCCCUUCUGGAGCCUGAGGGACAACCAAGAGCAGCUCUCACACAUCAAGUUCUUGGAGGAGCAUCUUCAGCGGAAGUACAGCCAGCUCUUCUGGGGUCUCCCCUCUCUGCACAGCGAGUCCCUGGUGGCCACUGCCUGGGUUUCAAAGAGCUCUUCUUGCCUACAGCCUCUUUCAGUUUUAUUCAAUGGAAACUCGAACAACUUCCCAGUUCCAAUUCAGCUUACAGCACCGGCAGGGCUUUCCCAGGCCCCGCCCUUGCCCUUUCCUGGGACCCAACUCCAACCCCAACCCCUGAAUGGAAACCUGACCCAGGCCCAGCCCCCACCUCUGGCUCAGAUCCAGACCCAGAAUAUCAGGGCCUCCCUCUCAACUCCACCACCACCUUCUCCGCACCAGAUGGGGACCUUUGAGGUAUCUUGCCCUACAGCCCAGAACAAAAAUCCUCCUUGCAUCCCAAUUAAAAUUCAACAUCUGGAAUGUUCCUGGAAGCAACAGCAAAGGGAGAAGGCUUUGCCCUCUGUCACCAAAGGAACCCAGGACGUUUUUAGCCAACCCACUCCCAACAUUCCCCAGAAUAGUGGGGUCUCCCAAGGCCCCGGGUCAGUUUCUGAUUUUCAAAGGGACUUUAUCAGCCCGAAUUUCCAGAAGCUACAUCUUCAAAAGAAGCUCGUGGACGAUGAAGGGUGUGGGGGUCUGCACUUCAAGGUCCAGGUGUCUCUGGAAUUGAAGCAGCCUCAAGGCCAAGUCCCGUGGGUGUGUCAGGCACAAGACAAGCAGGGGCCCUUGCAUCAAUCUGUGUUUGCAAAUAAAAGCAGCCAGAACCCACAGAAGAUGGAGUCCGGGUGCCAGAGAAAGUCCCAUGGGAAGGAUCAAUCAGGGAAAGAUACCAGUGGGGGUCUACGGCAAUGUUGGAGGAAGAAGAACCCAAAAGGUCUUUCCAGAGACUCGGCCACCUUUAUAGUGAAGGCUCUGGGGAUUAGCUCCAAAAAGAAGUCAGAAAGAGACUUGAAGCCCUCAAAGAGUAACCCGGGAACUUGCUUACCCAGAAGCACAGAUCAGAAACACCCAGAAAAAUUCCUAAAAGACGAUUUGGUCAGGAAGUUAGAGCAGAUCGAUCAGGACUUGGACCCACUGAGUACGGGGCAACCCUGGCUUGCUAACAGCCAUGCUUUUUUCAAGGGCAACACUUACACGGAAACCAAAAAUCUGGCAUCCUCGGAGAGUCAGGAACAUUACGUGAACACCUCCUAUGAGCCUCCCUUCCUCAAUCCAAGCACUCGACAGAUACUGGAAGAACAUCUUCUAAAGUUUCAGGGGAGGCAAGAGUGUGGCCUGCCCCUCCAGGCCUUUGAGCCCAUAAAUCUCAGGCUACAUGAGGCUCAAGAUAUGUGCCUUCCACAGUCCCCCUUGCCCACUUUAAUUGCUUGUGCACCCGAGAAACACUCAAAAGCCAAGUUCAUCAAGGCCUUGGGAAAACCUCGUCAGGCCUUUUCGGAAGAGGUGAUAACAAAAGAGUCAGGUCGCCUCCCCACCACCUCUAUGUCUGCAAGUAAAAGCAGCCAGUGGUCAUUCGAGCAAAGCCAGAAGUCCAUUGAAGGGACAUCGUCUGGUUCUGGCUAUGGGCUCUCAGAGGCCCCUCGGACUAGAGAGGAGAGCAGGCUGCCUUUUCAGUCCCUCACACUCAGUGGAAAAACCCAGCAGAGUGGCACUGGCAUGGAUAGUAAGAAGAAGAGCCUGAGGCCAAAUCCAAGUUCAACAGUAGCCAGGAAGGAGUCCAAGUGGGAGAAAGGGACUCAGACUCCAGCAGAUCCCUGCCAGAGGCCAGCAAUGCUAAACAUGAAUGUAUCAGCCCACUCUUUUAGGGCUGAAGAGUCCAGGAAGGCAGAGGAGGCUGAGAAGGACCCUGCUUGGGACAUCAUUAUAGGACCCAGUGUGCUGGGCAAGGUCCAAACCACUACACCAAAUAUGAAGAGGUCAGGGUCUCCAGGACCCAGUCAAAGGUCCUCACCACCUGCAAAAACAGUUGCCCAAGAUUCAAAAGAGCCAUGCCUUACCACCAAGAUGGCCAAUACUUUUGAGCUCCAAGGGAAGGCAGGGCCAGGGAGCCAGCUUCCAGGAGGCCAUGCCCGCAGCUUGCUUCUUCCAAACUAUUGCAGUGAUGUCCUCCUGCAAGACUAUGCCACCGGCAUGCUCAUCCAAGACAACGUCACCAACGUGCUCCUCCAAGACCCUCACACAGACAUGCUCCUCGCUGCCGACAUCUUGGCUUCUCACUGGACCCCGUGCGGUUCCCAGAGGAAAAACACCAGCGGGGACAAGCCAGCUGCCCGGGAGCCUUAUAACCUCUUAUGGAGCAGACAGAGCAGCCAGGGGCAGCAGGCACCGCGGCUGUCAAAAGUUAAGGCCCCGUCGAAGAGCCAAAGAAAAAUGUCGGUCCCCACGGAUCAGAGGGAGGACCAGAGGAGGCCCAAACGAGGACAGCACAAAGAAGGGCUGGCCGGAUGGAGGACCUCACAAGCCAGAGGGAUUAGCAACCCUCCUCAGGUGAGUGAUAAAGGAGACAUCCGAAGGAGGAAAUUCCCCCAACCCCUGCCAGAGGAAGAAAUGGCUUUUGUAGAAUCCAACUGUACUAAAAAGAUGCAGCACCUGCCAGAGGAAGAAGUGGUUUUCGUGGAAUGCAACUGUACAGGAAAGAGGAGGCACUGUCUUCAGGACCAAGGACCAAAAGACCUAGUUCAGAAAGGCCAGCCUGCCUCAGCCACCGGCUGGAACCAGGAACCAGCCCAAAGCAGAUCAUGUACGGAUACCGGGGCCCUCGGAGCUCAGGCGAUCAUGACAGCUGUGGGGCAGAUCCUGGCGCAGAAAUUAGCAUGUCACCAAGAACUUCUUGCCCAGGAGGUCAACCAGCCCCCAAAACAAUUCCAGGCCCCCGGAAGUGGGCUAUCCCACAGGUCCUAUCCUUUCCAAAGCAGGGAAGAGUGA